CUGCCGCCGAGUGCAUUUAGGCAUUUCUCCAAGCACAAGGCAUCUUAUCUUUAUCCCGUUUCAGCAGGGCAGGAUGCUACGGCCAGCGGCUGCCGCUGUUUAUCCGUCAUCCUACUACGCCCCACCGCCGCGAUUCCCAGCAUUUCCGGGCCGACGACGCCCCGCCGCCAUAGCCGUCCGGUGCGUGAACCGCGACGCCCCCGACGCCUCGAAGGCGAAGCUGAAGGUCGGCUCGCCGAUUGUCAUCACCGAGGAGCCGCCCAUGCUCAAGACCGCCGCGUCGGUGCCGUCGCUCCGGCAGAACGCCGGCCGUGUCAAGCGCGGCGACGUCGGGAGGAUAAUGGCGCGGAAGCCGAAGGACGUCUGGGCCGUGCGGCUCGCCGUCGGCACGUACCUGCUAGACGGGAAGCACUUCAUGCCCCUGGAGGUCGUCGAGGACGAAGGCGGCGACGAUCAACCCCAGGAUGAAUGAGCAUCAGAUCCAGCAACAAACAGCAAAACAUUCUUAGUACAUGUUAGUAUGCUGCACAAACUGCAAUGAGUGAAUUCAGGAUUCAGGAACAAGGAUGCAGAUUUUGGUUU